AUUCAAGAAUUUCUAUUUUUAUCUUAUAGAGUGUAAAAAUGGUAAAUAUUCAGAUUAAGUUACACAUCACCGAUGACCUUGACCUUGACAUAUGUUGUCAAAGAUCCUGAGUAACUUUUCUGUUGGAAUUUUUCCAACAAAGGAGUAAAUCACUUCUGUACACGUGUAUGGGUUUCUUAUUUAUGCGUUUAAUAUCCUUCAGUUUUUUAAUUACAGAAAAGAGACUGCCUCUGAUCUUUAUUGAUUUCUUACUCUCGGAUAUUAUAACAAUUACAGAACAUGAAUGAAAAAUAACCAAAAUGAAAAUAAACAGACAAUAAACAAAAUCUUAUAAUACAAGGCAAUACUCAAGUAUUGGUUCGCUUCGCUGUCCGUCACUUUUGCUCUCCAAAAAAGGGACGAUACAAGGAUUCUCUCACUGUUGCUUCCACACUGAAAUUACUCUCCUAUCAAACUUUUUUGUUAAUUACUUUUUAAUGGACAAUGACCAACGGUUAAAACUUUUUGAAUGUUCAGAGUCAUGACCUUGACAACAUAUGUCAAUAUCAAGGUCGUUCUGACUAUUAAGGUGCUUCUCUAAAAGUAAAUAAUUACCGAAAAUACAUUAAAACUGUAAAACUUUAACAUUAAAUAUCUCAAAAACUAUAAGAGAAACCGCCGAUUAAUUUAUAAGGAAAAUGUUAGAAAAUAUAUUUUGAAUAUAUAGAGUAAUUUCAGUGCUAGUUGGUUACACUGAUUAAUAGCGAAAUCAAAGUCAGGCAGCGCCGCUAUGUAUGGAAUAUACCAAAUGCAUGGACAGGAAGCACGCGCGCGCGCCCGCGCACACACACAUUGCAAGGGGCCUUCGGCCCCUCUCUCGCAUCCGUCCCGUUCUCAGGGUGGAUCUCGCUUUACAACUUACAAAAUACUCAUUUUGUAUGUUUUAAUGUGGGCAGUAUUGAUAAUAGCUAAUAAUAACACAUUAAGACUACCAAAUGUGAAUAAGGCAUUUACAACGACAAGGCUUCCAACACCACCACCAACAUUAACAUCAACACCAAAGUGGUACAACGGAGAUCUACCUUUUUUAAACAAUGAUGAAGAAGUCUCCGAAGAGCGAGGCAGCUACAAUUAUGAUACAAACAAAAUGAGGACAAUAAAAACAUACCUUCCAUUCCUCAUAUAUAACUUGAGAAUAGAUUCCAACCAGAAAUAUUUUCACAAUACAUUUAUGUAUUUCGAUAAUACUUUGUAUUAAUGUAAUAACUUUGUAUUAAUGUAAUAUUAAUGUAAUAAACUUUGUAUAAAUGUAAUAAUCAAUUCAUUAUGUUUAAAUUCGAGGAAUAUUUAUUUUCAACUAUUAUACGUAUCAAUUUUUAUAUAUAUGUCCAUUUUGAUAUACUAUGUAAUUUAAAAACUUGAAAAUCUAAGAAUAUACUUUAGAAUAAUUGGAUAAUUAAACCAAUUAAGU